UACUAGCCAUUUUGUCAGAACCUCUCGUUGCUUUCUUAUGAUCAAGGAUCUUUUUCUUCGUUUCUCCUAUUUAUUGAUCACUGUUUGAAUUGAAAAAACAGUUAAUUUCGUUUUUUUUUUCUUUUUUUUUGUUUCAUAUAUUAUUAAUUAUUUGAUGCAAUUUUUUAGAAUUGUGAAAAGUGACAAAAUUGUGCAUAUUGAGAAUUUUUCGUGAUUGAUUUUUAUUUAUUCAUUUAUUUAUCAUCUUUCGUAAGCUUUUCUAAAAAUGGCAUCAGACAUACCAUCUAUUUCGGAAUGGCUUCAAGGUCGAAAUGUUUUCAUCACUGGAGGUUCUGGUUUUAUGGGAAAGGUUUUAAUCUAUAAACUGUUGGUCAGCUGCGAUCAUCUUGAAAAUAUUUUUGUAUUAAUUAGAAAAAAGAAGGAUGUUGAUCCGCAAACUAGGCUGCAAUGUAUGAUAAAAGAAAAUCCUCUUAAAAUAAUUAAAGAAAAAUAUCCUGAAAAAAUAGAAAAAAUUAAAUUAAUACAGGGUGAUACUACUGAUGAACAUCUUGCUUUAUCGACUGCCGAUAAACAGAGAUUAUUAAAAGAGGUAUCCAUAGUUUUUCACAUGGCGGCAAAUGUUAAAUUCGAUUUGACAUUAAAACAAGCAAUAACAAUAAAUACUCUGGGUACUAAGAAUGUUAUAAAUCUUGCAAAAGAGAUGGAGCAUUUACAAUCCUUCAUUCAUGUUUCUACUUCGUAUUGUCACUGCAAUGAAUCUGUACUCGAAGAAAAAAAUUAUCCUGCUCCUAUAGAACUUGAAAAAAUUAUAAAAAUGGUAAAUGAUACGACAGAUGAUUUUCAAAAAAUCAUGACACCAAAAAUAUUACAAGGAUUACCGAACACUUAUGCCUUUAGUAAAGCACUUGCUGAAGAUUUAGUGCAGAAAAGUGGUCUACCUGCAGGUGUUGCAAGACCUUCUAUAGUGGUCGCAUCAUGGAAAGAACCAAUGCCUGGUUGGAUUGACAACAUGAAUGGACCAACAGGUUUAAUGGUAGGUGCUGGAAAAGGAGUAAUACGAACUGUUCUCUGUAAUUACAAUUACUUAUUGAAUCUAAUUCCUUGUGAUAUGGCGAUUAAUGCGAUGAUUGGAUUGGCAUGGAAAGUAGGAAGAGAAAAACCUGAAAAACCAAUAUUUAUGAACAUUACUUCUGGACUUGAAAACCCGAUUUCUUGGGGUUAUGCUGUAGAAACUGGAAAGAAAUAUACCAUAAUGUAUCCAUUCUCAGGUUUACUAUGGUAUCCAGGUGGAAGUAUUACCACAUUAAAAUUUUACCAUUGGAUACGAGUGAUCUUAUUCCAUUAUAUACCUGCAAUUUUCAUAGAUAUUAUCAUUUUUCUAACUGGAAAUAAACCAUUUUUAAUAAGAGUGCAUCAAAAAGUUAACAAUGGAAUAGGAUUGAUACAGUAUUAUACUACCAAAGAAUGGGAAUUUCGAAAUGAUCGCAUGAAAAAAUUGCAACUUGAAUUAAAUUCAUCUGAUAGAGAAAAAUUCUUUAUGGAUACAAAAGCUAUAUCUUGGGAUAGUUACAUGUUGAAAUAUAUAUUAGGCGUUAGACAAUAUUGUUUAAAAGAUGAUCUUUCUACCAUACCUCGUGCACGAAAAGUUAUUAGAUAUUUAUAUUUUGCUGAUUGGUUUGUUAAGAUCGGACUUACAAUCUUCUUUAUAUGGUUUCUAUUCUUAGAUAAAUUCAUCAUACGAUCGGCAGAAUCGAAAAUGGAAGAGAUAUUUGAUAGAAUAGAAGAAUCUUUCAAAAAUCAGAACAUCCUAAUCACUGGUGGCACUGGAUUUUUAGGAAAAGUCAUUGUUGAAAAAUUUCUCAGAUGUUUACCGGACAUAAAACAAAUUUAUUUGUUGAUCAGAACAAAACAUGAAAAAGAUCCAAAAUAUCGUUUAGAGGAAAUUUUUAAUUCACCGCUAUUUGAAAAAGUUAAAAAACAAAGAGGUGCAGAAACACUUAAAAAAUCUGUAACUGUUAUAAACGGAGAUAUGACCCUACCUGGACUUAGUCUUUCUUUAGAAGAUAGAAAAAUGCUUUGUGAAAAGAUUAAUAUUGUAUAUCAUGCAGCUGCUUCAGUACGAUUUGACGAAAUGUUGAAAAAGGCAGUACUAUUAAACACGCGUGGUACAAAAGAAAUGUUGGAAUUAGCCAAAGAAAUGAAGCAUUUAAAAUUAUUUGCUUAUAUCAGUACAGCAUAUUGUCAUCUUGAAGAAAAAAUUUUAGAAGAAAAGCCAUAUCCACCACCUAUAGAUCCUCAUAAAAUAAUUAAAUGUGUAGAAUGGAUGGAUGAUGAUGUAGUUGAAGCUAUGACAGGAAAAAUUUUAGCACAUUUUCCUAAUACAUAUGCCUUUACCAAAGCUUUAUCAGAAGCCCUUGUUGAAGAAGCAAUGCCAUAUAUUCCAGCAAUUAUAUUAAGACCAAGUAUAGUUAUACCAAUAUGGAAAGAACCACUUCCAGGAUGGACAGAUAAUAUUAACGGUCCAACAGGAAUCUUGAUUGGUGCUGGAAAAGGUGUUCUUCGAACGAUGUAUUGUAAUGGAAGUAGUUAUGCUGAUUUUCUUCCUGUUGAUAUUGCAGUAAAUGCAAUUCUUGCUAGUUCUUGGAAUUUCAUCUAUUGUAAAGAUCAUGAAAAGAGAGUUUAUCAUCUUACAAGCAGUAAUGAAUUUAAGGUACCAUGGGAAGAAAUCAUUGCCAGGGGUCGAAAAAUAACAGAAAGAGUUCCUUUGAACGGGGUUGUUUGGUAUCCAGGUGGAAGUAUAAAAAAGUCAAGACUCAUGCAUAAUAUAUGUGUUUUUUUCUUUCAUAUCAUACCCGCUUAUUUCAUAGAUGCACUUAUUUUCCUUGCAGGUUAUAAGCCAAUUAUGUGCCGUGUACAACGUCGGAUACAAAAAGGUUUCGAAGUUUUUGAAUAUUAUACCAAUAAUCAGUGGGACUUCGAUAAUUCAAAUUUCAUGGAAGUACGAAGUAAACUUAAUCCUGUGGAAUAUGCAAAAUAUCAAGUACAUGGAGAUGAUAUGGAUAUAGACGCAUAUUUUGAAGCAUGUAUAAGAGCAGCAAGAAUUUAUAUAUUGAAUGAACCACCAGAAACUUUACCAGCUGCUCGAAGACAUUUAAGAAUCAUGUAUUGGAUUGAUGUAAUAACAAAAAUAUUUUUCUUGAUAUUAUUGAUUUAUAUAUUUGCAUCCUGGAAUGAAAGUUUCAAAGCAUUAUUAAUAGGAAGUUGGUCGUUCAUCACUCAACCUUACUAUAUUAACUAUUCGCAUUAAAAAGUUUUUAAUUUAAUUUUAAUUUUAAUGCGACGAAAUAAACUAUGGAUCUUCUUUUUUUAUUGA